UUCUCGAAGACCGGUCUGCGCGGGUGUAGCGGGUGGUGCGCGGGUGCGCGUGGGCAGGCAGCGAGAGUCGAGCGGUGCGGGCGGGGCAUGCGUCAGUCGCGCAGCGAGCGCUAUAUUACGAAUACGUCGGGUGGCGUCGCGCCAACCCGUCGCGUGCUAGUGUUGUGUCAUAGCGGUGGGCCAGGUCGGUUUCGAGAUUUAUUCGUUCCGACACAAACAUGGCUCUUAACUCGGACGGUGAACAGAAAUCGAACCUGGUCCUCCGCGUAGACCAGGAUUCUGAUUCGGUUUUACAAUCAUUAUUCGACACAGUGCUUAAGCCCGACUCUAAACGACCGCUACAGGUGCCUCUGCGUAUGCGACAGCUUCCAAAGUCGUUCUUUAACCCGCCGUCGACCGGUUCAAAAUCGCCAUCUGUGUCUCACUCACGAGAAAACUCGGCUGAUUCGGCAUUUGGAUCGUCAUCCGCCACCGGUGCUGCUCCUGUUUCCCACUCCCGAGCACAUUCUUCGCCGGCAAGUUUGCAACAAACAUACGCAGCGGGACAGCAAAGUCAGCAACCACCGCUACCACAUCAGCAUGCUAAGCAAAGAUCUUACGAUGUGGGGUCACAUAUUCCGGAUGAACUUGGUCCUCUACCAGCUGGUUGGGAACAAGCUCGAACGCCAGAGGGACAGAUAUAUUAUCUCAAUCACAUAACAAAGACGACAACGUGGGAGGAUCCUCGUAAAACUCUAGCAGCCCAGACAGUUACAGCUGGAGUCCAGCACCAGAGCGCUGAAGCGUUACUCACGCAGUCAGCUGCACCACAGACUAUAGCUGCUGCGACACCAGGUACCUUUUUAAUUUAUCGAAAUGAAAGAUUAGAUGCAGCGUUGAGUAACAAUUACUACAAAUUAUCGUUAAUUACACAUAAGGCUAUUAUUUAUACAUUAGCAGCGAAGAGUACAAGCACUAACACGACGACAGAUCCCCUCGGGCCGUUGCCAGACGGCUGGGAACAGGCCACGACGCCAGAGGGGGAAAUAUACUUUAUCAACCACGCCGCGCGGACGACGUCUUGGUUCGAUCCUCGAAUACCGCAACACUUGCAGCGCACCCCAUCAACGGGCGCGGCGGGCGGUGGCUGGGCCAACGCUUCAAUACAAGUGUGCCAGCAGAAGUUGCGCCUGCAGUCCCUCCAGCUCGAGCGUGAGCGGCUCAAGCAACGCCAGCAGGAGAUACGGCUCCAGCAAGAACUGAUGGCGCGGCAGUCGUCGUCGAUCGUGUCGUCGCUGGCGAGCAGCGCGGGCGCGGGCGCGGGCACGGAGCUGCCGCUCGACCCCUUCCUGUCGGGCCUCGCGGACCACCAGCGGCAGGAGUCGGCCGACAGCGGGCUCGGCAUGGCGGUCUCGCAGCCCUCCUACUCCAUGCCGCACACUCCCGAAGACUUCCUCGCCGGCAUGGACGACCGCAUGGACUGCACCAGCGAGGCCGGCGCCCCCAUCGACGCCGACAUCGCGUUAGGCGACACCGACGACUUGGUACCUUCAUUACAAUUGGGAGAAUUCACCAACGAUAUACUACUGGACGACGUGCAGUCGCUGAUAAACUCGACACCCAGCAAGCCAGAAAACGUGUUGACUUGGCUGUAGGAGCUGCUUACAAAGUCUACAAUAUGUAUUACUUUUUAAACAUAGAGUACUUACCGCAUCAUACUAUCGACACCAAUCCCAUCAGUGUCGGUGACCGAACGGUAUUGGUGUAUAUUUCACUAAGCAAUGACAGUUAAUAGGAACGUAUGUAAGUGAUUAUGAUCGGGUGGUUGGGAGAAUUAUGUGUGCUUUGUAUGAAGUUUAUGCGAUAUUUGUCACCUGGCCGAGUCGAUUAGAGUAAUUUUUGUUCAAACUCGUAAACAUUA